CUCGUUUUAAAACAAUCUGUUAAAGAUUUAAGUAGGCUUUAAUCUUCAGAAGGGCAGAUCUAUACCGUAAUGCACAGGUUUGAUAGGUUAUCAGCGCCGGAGAUAUUGCCACUGAUGAAGGUUUCUGUUUCUCCGUUGGGCUUGAGAGUCCGUCGAAAAGGAAAGAGGACGUGCGGCUCAAGAGUCAAGAUCAUCCCCUUCAUGGCACUCUGCAAAUUUUUUCCCGUGGCCAUAUUGGCUGUAAUAUGCCUAGUCUACACUGUGAGUGGAUCCUUCCAGGACGAUCUAUUGUAUUGUCUCCAGGACUCAGACUACGCAGAGCUGCUGGACAUUGUGGAGAAUGGGCUGCCCCCCACCAAGACACCUCAUAAUGUAGCCAUUAUUGGUGGGGGGAUGUCUGGACUAACUGCUGCUAAGUUUCUGGAGGAUGCAGGACACAAGGUGACCAUUAUCGAGGCCAGUAAUCGUAUUGGUGGCCGGGUGCAGACCUUCAGGAACCAACGGGAAGGCUGGUAUGCAGAGCUGGGAGCCAUGAGAAUCCCCAGCUUCCACAAGAUCCUAUUAUCCUUUGCCGCUAAAAUGGACAUCAAACUGAACAAGUUCAUCCAGGAUGACAUCAAUACGUACUACUUUGUGAAUGGCAAGCUGGCAAGGACCUACAAAGUAAAGGAACAGCCAGAUGUGCUCGGUUACAACCUGGAAGGCAAGGAGAAGGGGAAAUCUGCAGCUCAGCUUUUUGAUGCCGCCCUGGAUCAGUUGAAGGAUUAUCUGAAGAAGUUUGGAUGUAAAGCCAUGUUGGAAAAAUAUGACUCCUACUCUGUGAAGGAGUACCUGGUGAAGGAGGCCAAUGUGUCCAGAGGAGGCCUGAGGAUGAUCGGAGACAUCCUGAACGAAAACAGCUUCUUCUACACAUCACUCCUAGAGAUGUUGUAUAUCCAGUCAGACAUCAACGACGACACUACUUACUACGAGGUGACUGAUGGGUUUGAACACCUGCCCCGGGCCUUCUUCAAGUAUCUGAAUGGCACCAUACUGCUCAACUGCAAGGUGAAGCAGGUGUCCCAGACCAGCACCAACGUCACUGUGUCCUUCCAGGACUGGAGACACCCCAACACGCUGACCAACCUGACGGUUGACUACGUCUUGGUCACCGCCACGGCCAAGGCAUCCCUCUUCAUUGAUUUCCAGCCGCCUCUCUCCACACGAAAAAUGGAGGCCUUGCGCUCGGUGCACUAUGCCAGCUCCACCAAGGUCAUCCUCAGCUUUAGCCAGAGGUUCUGGGAGAAUGACUUCAUCAAAGGGGGCAAGAGCAUCACAGACCUUCCCUCCCGCUUCAUCUACUACCCAAGCCACAGCUUCCCCAACACGGAAGGCGGAGUGGUGCUGGCGUCGUACACCUGCUCAGAUGACUCCACGCUGUUCCAGGGGGUGGACAACGAGACGCUGAAGGUGCUGGUUUUGGAAGACUUGGUGAAGAUCCAUGGGGAGUUCAUCCGAAACCUGUGCACUGGGGGCGAGGUGAAGAAGUGGGGACUGGACCCCUACAGCCUUGGGGCCUUUGCCAUCUACACCCCCUACCAGCAGACAGACUAUGCCGCAGAGCUGUUUGCAAAUGAGAAUCGGGUCCACUUUGCUGGCGAGCACACUGCCACGCCCCACGCCUGGAUAGAGACCGCCAUGAAGUCAGCAAUCAGGGCCGCCAAGAAUAUCAACAACCUCACUGACUAGUGGGGGCAGAAUCUGCUGUGAUGUUUUUCAUCUGCUGGGGGAGGAUGCUUGAGAGUGUGACUGGGUGUGAGACAGUGUGAAGUUUGGCUCUAUGUGUAUUGUGGUAUGCAAGGUUAGUGACCAAAUGGCUUUCUUGACCAGAUGACAAUCCCAAUUUAGCCACAUUAAAUGCCAAACGAAUACUCUGCAAUACCCAGGCAUGCAUAGUCUUAUUUAAGUAAGUGGUUAAGAUCACAGAAAAUAGAUGUUUUGUAACAUUUACUGACAAAAGUAUUUCUGGUUUGUUUUUAUGUAUGUGGGAUAACUUUUUAUAUAAUUGUUUAAUCAUAGCCAGUUGGUACUCAGUUUGUAACAUUGUAAUGAUCCUACUCAAUGUACUAUGAACAAGAAUGGUUGAAUACAAUUUUUAAUAAAAAUG